CUUUCUAUCUGACGUGGCCUCCAACUUACCUGGGCAGCUGGAGACCGAGCCCGGCUCCCCUCCAUAACUCAGGAACCUCUCAGUGCCCACAGCCAGGCCUCGUGGGGGCCUGCGGUGACGGCUCUUACACUGCCGUGGGGGGCACAGUCUUCAGGAUGUUCCACCAGGGGGAAUAGAAGCCGGAACCAGAGCCUCUGAGCCUGUCCCCCCAGGAAUGGGGCCCCCAAUGAGUCAUCUGCUGGCUGGCCUGUGUGUGUCGGUGGCCUUGGGCUGGGUGGAGGGCUCAGGCCCCUACCUGGGCCCUGCUGAGCAGGAACAGAACCAUUACCUGGCCCAGCUGUUUGGUCUCUAUGGGGAGAACGGGACGCUGACCGCAGGGGGCCUAGCCAGGCUCCUCCACAGCCUGGGACUAGGCCGAGUUCAGGCCCUUCGCCUGGGACACCACGGGCCUCCUGCUGGUCGGGGUGCACCCCCAGCUGGAGACAAUUCCACACACAGGACGCAGGACCCCGAGCUGAGUGUGAAUGUCUGGGCAGGGCUGCCUCUGGACCCCUCGGGGUGGGGUGACCUGGCGGGGACAGAGGCCCCAGGACCACCCCAUGGGCCAGGCCCCUCGGGCCUGGGCCUCUUUCACAGGCUUCUGCUGCUGGACCAUUCCCUGGCUGACCAUCUGAAUGAGGAUUGUCUGAAUGGCUCCCAGCUGCUGGUCAAUUUUGGCCUGAGCCCUGCUGCCGCUCUCACGCCUCGUCAGUUCGCUCUGCUGUGUCCAGCCCUGCUUUAUCAGAUCGACAGCCGUGUCUGCAUCCAGGCCCCAGCUCCGAGCCCCCCAGGGGACCUACUAUCUGCCCUGGCUCAGAGCGCCCUGGCCGUCCUGCUGCUCAGCCUGCCCGCGCCGCUCUCGCUGCUGCUGCUGCGGCUCCUGGGGCCCCGUCUGCUGCGGCCGCUGCUGGGCUUCCUGGGGGCCGUGGCCGUGGGCACCCUCUGUGGGGACGCGCUGCUGCACCUGCUGCCGCACGCCCAAGGAGGGCAGCACGCUGCAGCCGGCGGGCGGCCGGAGGAGGACCUGGGCCCCGGGCUGUCAGUGCUCGGCGGUCUCUUCCUGCUCUUCAUCCUGGAGAACGUGCUGGGGCUCUUGCGGAGUCGAGGGCGCAAGCCACGGGCAGCCUGGCUCUCCCUGCCCCCUGGCUCUGCUGCCUCCUGCACCAGGAAGGGUGCCCUCCCGUUUCAGAGAUGCUGCAGGCAGAAAAGAAAGGACCUCAGAACUCCAAGCCUGGACCUGGAGGAUGGCAGUGGGAUGGCCCUUCAGCCCCUGCAGGCAGCUCCAGAGCCAGGGGCUCAGAGCCCAAGAGAGCAGGACAGCCAGCCCCCAGCAGUCCCAGCCCUUCCUGGGCACGAAGGCCACAGUCACGGGUGCCCGGGUGGUGGUGGCACCAACAUCACGUGGAUGGUCCUCCUGGGAGACGGUCUGCACAACCUCACUGACGGGCUGGCCAUCGGGGCUGCCUUCUCUGACGGCUUCUCCAGCGGUCUCAGCACCACCGUCGCGGUCUUCUGCCACGAGCUGCCUCACGAACUGGGUGACUUCGCCAUGCUGCUCCAGGCCGGCCUGUCCUUCCGGCAGCUGCUCUUGCUAAGCCUGGUGUCCGGAGUCCUGGGGCUGGGGGGCGCGGCCCUGGGCGUGGGGCUCAGCCUGGGCCCUGUGCCCCUCACUCCCUGGGUGUUCGGGGUCACUGCCGGGGUCUUCCUCUAUGUGGCCCUCGUGGACAUGCUCCCAGCCCUGCUCCGUCCUCCCGAGCCUCUCCCCCGGCUCCACAUGCUGCUGCAGGGGCUGGGGCUGCUGCUGGGGGGCGCGCUCAUGCUCACCAUAGCCCUGCUGGAGGAGCAGCUAUGGCCCCUUGUCUCUGACGACUGACGGGGCGCCGGUGGAAAGGCGUCCAGGCUGCCCGGCCUUCCCCCCGGCCGGAGGAACGGAGGCAGGACGCAGGGCCAGUAGGAUCAAUAGGAUUUUAAUAAACAGAACCCAUCCCCAAGCCAUGACGACGACGGCUGU